AUGAAACUAUUAUUCUCUUUAUUCAUUAUCAUUGUUGCAUUUAUUGCAGUUUCACAAUGCACUAAAGAUAGUGGUAACAACAACAAGAACAAGUUAUCACCUCAAUUUGGUGUACCACCUGAAAAAUUAGAAUAUUAUAAGGGUGAAACAUUUACAUGCUUUGGAUCGGGUAAAACGAUCCCAAUCGAUUACGUCAACGAUGACUAUUGCGAUUGUCCAGAUGGAUCUGAUGAACCAGGCACAAGUGCAUGUUCAAAUGGUCAAUUCUAUUGUAAGAAUAAGGGAUACAAGGGUCAAUUGAUCUCAUCUAUCUUGGUCAAUGAUGGUAUUUGCGAUUGUUGUGAUGGAUCUGAUGAACAAUCAGGAUUGAUUAAAUGUCAAGACAGUUGUGCAGAAUUAAGCAAGGAAAUGAGAAAGGCUAGAGAAGAAGCCAUCCAAAAGUACACAACUGGACUCAAGAUUAAAGAAGAGAUGAUCAAUGAAGCCGUCGAAAUAUUAAAGACUAAAAAGGAGGAACUUGAAAAGUCUAGAAAGGAACACGAACCAUUGAAACAAACCAUCAAAGAGUUGGAAGUUGCAAAGGAGGCUCUUGAAGCUAAAAAGAAGGAAAGAGAGGAACAACUUGAAGCUGAAAGAAAGUUAAAGGAACAAAUUGAAAGACAACAAAAUGAAACUGAACAAGCUGCCAACGGUGACACCCAAGAUAAAACUGCUCAACCAGAAGAAACCAACACCAACAACAGAACCAUUUACUUUUGGUGUAGAUGGAGAAACUGGAAUGACACCAAAUGUUAUCAACCAAAACCAAAAGAACCUGAAGAUCCACAAUUAGAAGAAACUAAAAAUGGUAAGAUUCAUCAUCGUCGUCAUCUUCACUUUAUUUAUACACAUCUUAUUAUAUUUUGUUUCUAUUAUUUUUUAUUUUGUCUAAAAAUAGUAAAGGCAACCCUUUUAGAUACAUUGCAAGAAAUGGUAUCAGCAGCUGUUGAUGUUAUAAGCCAAUACUUGCCACAAUCUAAAAUAUCUGAAUUGUCAAAAAUUGAAGAAAUUGAUCGUGAACUUAGAGAAAAGAAUAGACAAUUAAGAGACAAUAUUGAACAAACCGAGAAAUUAGAAAAGCUUUUAAUCACUGAUAUGGGACCAGACAAUGUUUUCUUGCCACUCUAUGGAAGAUGUUUUGAUGCACCCACCAAAGACUAUACCUACACCAUGUGUCCAUUUGAAAAUUCCAAGCAAGGACAUACCAGUCUCGGUAGAUUCGAAGAAUGGGGACCAAACCACUCAUCCAUGUCCUUUACCAAUGGUGUUCAAUGUUGGGGUGGACCAAAGCGUAGUCUCAAGGUUCAAGUCGAAUGUGGCUCUGAAAACAAGAUCUACGAUGUCCAAGAACCAUCAAAGUGUGAAUACUCUAUGAAAUUCUCAACUCCUGCUCUUUGUGACAAGGAACAUCUUUUGGUUUUACAAUUGGAAGAUGAUCAUCAAUUUUAA